CAAAUGAGGCUGUGCUCCCUCCCCCAUUUUUUACGGAGAAACUGUCAAAACAUUCCAAUGGUGUGAGCUCGACUGCAGCGCACAGACUGCGGGCAAAGCGCAGGACACCAGGUACUGCAACCAUGGCUCCCCAACAUGCCUUGCUUCUGCUGGUUAUCGUGGCCAAUGGCAUUGAUGGGCAACAACAUCAGUUAAUGGAGUACAUGGAGAGGAGGCUCGCUGUCUUAGAGGUGAGAGCAUGGGAGCAGAAUGGUUUCCUCCUCUGGGCCUGGUGUGCGCACAGGGCAGUGUGUUCCAGAUUGGAUUUAAGGGUGCUGGCUCUGCAGUUACUUGAAUAUCUAACUUUGACAGAAGAACAGCAAUCACCUAACUUGGGGCAGGGGCAGGGAGGCUCCUUUAGAGCUGCAGAGGUUUGAAAAUUAUUAUUAUUGAGGAACUAUAACGGUCUGUUGUCCGUUAUGUGUUGACCAUUAAGGAAGGUUAUUGCCUGUAGGUGCAGGUGGUCUGAUCUUUGAGAGUCUGGUGUAGUAGAUCUGGAACUCUUGGGCUGCCCUGUGUGGAAAUGCAAGACAUUCUGAAAACGUUUUGCCAGCCUUUAAAGCCUUGCUCCAUAAUGUCGCAGCUCCUUAGAACAUAAUUGGAUCGUUUGUUUCAAAACUCAGUGGUUCUACAGCACUCUGUAUGCUUAUCAGCUAACUUCAUCUGAUAAUCCUGCAGCAGCUAUCCAGAGCAUCGGUAGCUGGAUGCAGAGCGCUCACUGACUGGGAGGAUACGGUAAUAAAAGUGUCAAGACAAAGGCUUUUUAAAUCUAAAAUAAAGGCAUGGCGUUUUCUUAUCGCUAGGAACAAGCAUGUGUUUGCAGAAAGUCUUGAUAGUGUAACUGCAGAGUGCAUAGGGAUGGCUAAGAAUCCAAAAGGCAGAUGAGAACAUCUCAAAAUGAACAGGCAUUUUAGCACGCCAGGACUUUAAAGCCAAGCUUACAAUUUUGAGAACCUGAUUCUUGAUUUUAGAUGUUCAUGCAAUCUGUCAAGACAAAUGUAACCUGGACUCCACAUGGCAACCAGGGUCCCAGGUUGGGUAGGUUAAUUUUGUGUUUUUUAAUACUGUCAACCACCCUGUUAUCCUCGAAUGAAGGACAGGAUAUAAAUUUUAAUAAUAAUAAUAAUUAAUAAUAAUAAUAAUAGUUUAGCAUGUCAAGGGGGCCUUCCUCAGGUGCCUUAUCUUCUUUCCUCCUUCUUUUAGGAGCGGAUCACGCAGUGGCAUGAUCAGAGCAGCCGUUACUCCACUGAGCUGAGGGAUUUCAAGAACAAGGUUUUGUCCAUGCUGGAGUCAGUGGAGAAAGACCGGGAGACACUUCGCUCAGAGGUGGAAAACACUGCAGUGCGAGUGGACCGGCUGGAGCGAGAGGUGGACUACCUUGAAACUCAAAAUCCUGCCCCACCCUGUGUGGAGGUGGAUGACAAACUAAUGGAGAAUCAAGUUGCCAAUGCCAAGAAGCGCAAGAAUGAGAAGUAUGACAAAAUGACAGGUGAGUGGACAACCUCACAGCAUGCACUCAUACUAAUGGCCGUGCCAGAUGAUCCUGCAAGGCAGGCUUCAAUGGUUGUUGUUGUUGUUGCUGUUGUUUGUUUUGCGUGAUUCUUCUACAAGUCCCUCAGCAUUGACCAUCAGUGCUAUAUUUUGUCCCCAUGGCACAAACAUCCGUGAUUAGUUGCAGAGGAGAGAGCUGUGUUUUGGGGAGAGGAAUACAGCCAAUAUUGCUAUGUGACUUUUAAAAAGGGACUAGAUCACAUGCAGUCUAGAGCUGGACACCUAUUUCAACACACACACAUCCUCCGCCCUCUGGAUAGUAGCUUAUUAAAAAUGGCAGCAUGAAAUUUGCGAAGGCUGUUCACAGUUCUGUGAGAAGGAAGAAGGGGUCUCUCAGUUCGCAAAAUGACUCUUCUGUUUAGCAAACCUUUCUUUAUUGCAUUUCUUUCCUUCCCUUUUUUGGGCAAAGGAGUCCCAAGGGCAGCAAAAUGGGGAGGCAUUGCUGCAGCAGGAGGGAGGGAGAGAAGUGGAUAUGCAUUGUGAGGAACUGCAAAGCCUUUAAAUAUUUUUUUAAAAAAACAACAACAAAUGAACAUUUAAUGCUCGCCAAAUGAUGUAGGGAGUAGGCUAGAGCACAGUAAUUCAUUAUUAAACAGUGUCACAAGCACUGUCCAGGAAUAUCAAUAGCAAUGGCUGAGCAGUUGGGUUGGUUGGAUGGAAAAUAUUAUAGAUUGAAUGUUGGGACAAUGUGUUAUCCCUGACAUAGAAAGGAAGAUCUUUUGCAAUAUAUGUGCAGCAGCUACUUCCCAUAAAAUAAGGGACUAGCUUACUUUAACAAGUAAGGUUGUGACAUAGCAGGUUAGAAUCCUGCACCCAGUUAGGCUGCUGAAGUCCCAUUGGCUUCAAUCAGAUUUAAGCAGACUGUGAGCAAGAUUGCAGCUGCGGUAUCUAAAACACAUCCUAGCCAUUGCAAGUGAGCAAUUCUCCCAGGCAUAAUGUUUUGUGAGUCAUGUGAUUCCUCCAAUGCUUCUCACAAAUCUGAAUUCCCUGUGAAAGGCUUUUCCAUUUGGGCUAGUGAUCGGGAAAGCUGGGAGAGUAUAUUUCUUCCGCUGCUGGAACAGACUCCAUUGUUGUGUGCCCUUGAGACAAAUCACACCAUAUUCCAGAAAGUCAGUUUGCCACAUUGCUAGCUCUUCAUGUGUCUCCUCACAUCUGACUGUUUUCAUGCUGCAGUGCUUUGUUGUUUUUGGUCCUUUUGUUCCAUUAAAGUCUGCUAAGAUGCACUCACCACUGUACAGAUAAAUUUGACAUGAAUUAAUUGUAAGUUUCUCAUCCAUGUCAGUUGCAUAUCUGUUCUAUCCCCUUUCUGCAUUAAUCUAGGAUUCCUCACAUCAUCUGCAUGAAAACACUAGGGUCAUAAUUCUCAUUUCUGGGGUCAUAAUUCUCACAAAAUAUAAAUUUCUAAACAAAUGUUCUUGGUUCAAUUAUGCAUUGCUAGCAGUAUUUAUCUGCAUCUGCAAAGCAAGCAAACAGAGCAAGAUAGAGUGAGCCAUCCUUGUUCCUCCAACAUCUGGCAAUGAGCAGUAUGCAACCUCUGAAUAUGGAUGCUGCUGCCAUAGAAGAUUGCCAUUGAUAGACCUAUAAUUCAUCCAUGCAGUGAUGAUCCCUUAUCAGGAAAGGAGCAGCUGUGAAACUCUGCACAGCUAUGUAAUAUACUCCCAACUUCCAAGCACCUUCUCCCUGCAGUUUAGCCCUUGAGGAGAACUGGUCAAGCAGGCUACUCAGUCCCAACCUUCAGUGUUUUAAGUGACGGCCAAUGGAAACUGUAUGCUCUGCUGCAGAAUCGGCUAUUGAAAUAAGUGACUUGCAAGACAGAUAGUAAUGAAAGCUUUGCUGCUAGAGCUAAGCUGCACAAUGUAGUAGAGAAGCCAAAGCCAGGAGAGAAUCAAUUCAGUUUGCCAGAAAUAAAUCAGGAACAGCUUGCUAUAUUAGUACUAAAAGGCCAAGUCUUGUUUAGGCUGCUUUUUAAGCAAGCAAGUCUAGCCUCAAUUCAACAGUGAUUUGAGACUUUGAGGGCAGUUCUCUUGGUCUGCCAAAGGGUGCAUGUUUUUUGAGGGGGGAGGAAUAGGAGGCAAGAUCUAUUGAGUUCCCUUUCAUGAGGGAGGACGAUGCAGAGAAAAGUGCAGAAUUAGCAGGACUGGGAGAAUAUCUUCCACGUGUGAUUAACUCUUUCUGUGAAUAUAAUGCGAAUACAAAUGUCUCUACCACUUCAGGAGUUGCAAUUUUCAUAAUGCAAGAGACACUUUGAAGACAGGUCUUUGGUCUUAUCUAGUACUAUUUGUCAACCCGAUGUCUGCAGGAAGAUCACAAAGAGGAUGGGUGGUGGUAUAUAUUUUAUGUGUGUAUGUUUGUAUUUUAUGCACGCACUGCUUUUUCAGGCACCAACCUUCUUCACAAUACAACCGAAUGAAUGGAAAUGCAAUUUUAAACCAGUCCCAAGAGUCUCAGAUUUAGCAAGGGGUGGGAACAGUAGGAAUUAAGGCAUCAGGUUCUGAAUAAGACAGAUAUUCUGGAAUUUGUGAUUUGCUCAGAUGUCUGUACACUGUUUUUAACGAUUCCUUUGCAGUUUUGUGCUAUAGAUUUGAGAAUGAGAGCAAAGCACACUGUAACUAUCCUAUGACUAUUCUUUAUAGAUUGCAGUGACACAGUGUCUCAGGUGAAAGCCAUGAAAAUCCUAAAGCGGUUUGGCAGCACUGCUGGACUCUGGACCAAAGACCCAGUGGGGAAUUCGGAGAAGAUCUAUGUGUUUGAUGGCACUAGCAACGACACCGUGUAUGUCUUCCCCAGAACGAGAGAGUUCACGCUCUUCUCUGCUACACGAAAGGCUGCACGCAUCAAGCUACCCUAUCCAUGGGUCGGCACUGGACACUUGGUAUACGGGGGCCAUCUUUAUUAUAUCCGAAGACACGGCACUUUCCAGGUCAUCAAGUUUAGCUUGGCCAACAAGACUAUUGUGGAUAGUUCAGUUUUCCCUGCCGAGGAGCAGAUCCCUGUUUUUGGUCUUUCAUCCUAUAACUACAUUGAUCUGGUGGCCGACGAGGAAGGGAUCUGGGCUAUUUAUGCCACACAAGAGAAUGAAAGAAACAUUGAAUUGGCCAAGCUAGACCCCGCCACCCUGGACAUUGAGCAAAUGUGGGACACACCAUGUCCCCGGGAGAAUGCAGAGAGCGCUUUUGUCAUCUGUGGUGCGCUCUAUGUGGUGUACAACACGCGACUGCCCAGCCGAUCUCGUAUCCAGUGUGUCUUUGAUGUCAGUGGCUCAAUGGCAAAUGAAGAUGCUCCCCUAGUCUACUUCCCCAAGCGAUACGGCUCUCACUCCAGCAUGAAGUAUAACCCCAAAGAGAGGCAGAUCUAUGCUUGGGAUGAUGGCUAUCAGCUUAUUUACCGCAUGGAGAUGAAGAAGAAGACCGAAGUCUGAGAAAGGCCUAGAGCUCUGGUGGACAGCGCGUCAGAAACAUGCUCCGUUGCCUCCCUGCAGAUACGACUCAGCUGCCUACUCAUGCACAUAGCAUGUUCAGCUCCUUAGAAAACCAGCAAGCAUGAAGUAGACUGGACUUCCUGAUACAUGAAACAUUUUUAAUGCAGAAAUUGCCUGCAUUUGAGGAGGGGAGGACUCGCCAUUUCUUUCUUUCCCCCCAGCUCACUUAAAAUUGGAUUAUUAUUAUUUUUAGGUUGGGGGGGACCUUAUGCUUGAAAACAUAAAAAGUACUGGGGAAUAGAGUUAAUCAGCUCUAUUUUUGAAGCAGGGGCACCCCCCCUCUACAUUUCCAUACUGCCUUAGAGAUUAGAAAUCAAAUUGGCAUCACCCCGGCAGCCCUGCUAUUUCAUAGAUGCCUCCCUUUUCAGAAUGACAGCCCAGAAGGAUCUUAAACUGCCUGCCCAAAUGAGGCAGUGAGCAGGCACUCAUGAUAAUUCUAAGGCCAAGCACUGCAGUAAUAAUAAUAAUAAUCCCAUAGGGUUUGGUUAAUUUAACAAGAAUGUAAAACCUAUUUUUCUUCUUGCUUUCCUUUGCCCUCCAGAAGCUUUAAUUGGACAGUCCAGGUGGCAGUUUCCUGCUUGCUUGUUGUACCUUAUUAUUUCUGUUGUUCUAUUUAAAUCUCCUUUCUAUAAACCAGAAUAUGUCUGUGUAAUGGUUCUAGGGGUUGCUCGUGCGUAAGCAGGUGUCUAUCUCCCCGGUUGGGUGCAAACACCUGGGUGGGUUGCCAAAGUGAACCUUUUCUGUCCGGACAGCCACUCACCCGUGGCUGACUCAAUUGCUGGCAGAAUCCGUCAGUGGGCGUUUCUUAAACUUCUUCCAGCAAAGAAGCUCUUUGACGCCUCGGCUCCUCCUACUCUCUCUGCGUGAAAGCCUUCUGCGCAAGGAGGGCGUGGGCAACGGAGGACCCCUACUCUCCCCGCUGGUCCCAGGGAAGGAGUCAUGAGACCGCCUUGCCGCUUCCCCCAUCUGCCCCCCUUCUCCACUGGUGCUACGCUGAUUCUCUUCCCCAGAAGAUGGGCUGCUUCUCCCGAUCCCUGGACGCUCUCUGGAAUCCCUCUGGCUUUUGCUCUCUCCCUCCGGCGCUGAUGGCAGUUCCCUGACAGUCUGUAUCGGUUUUAGUUUUGUUUUGUUCAUAUGCCGCUGAAAAUACUAGAGGGAGCUGCUCUGGCCCAGCCUUCAUAUUGAGAUCUCUCUCUGAUUCGUGGCCCCCUUCUGAGGUGGUGGUUCUUGUUGUUUGCCUGAAAGUUAGUGCCUUGUUAAAGAUUAGUCUAAACAGAAAGCAGCUCAUGAAAGUUAUUGAGACUGACUUGCCUGAAAUCUCUCACAACGAAAACAAAGUCAGCUUUCUUCCAAUUCCCAGCUUUCCUAUCUAGCUGUUCUGUUCCCUCCAAAAGUCAAUGAGAAUUGAUUGCAUUCGGAGCCUUUGGUCAUGUUUCAGGUUGUCCUCCUUUUCCAUUUGUAUUACAGUUUCUUACUAAUUGCUGGAUUUGUCUAAUUCUGGCUCUGUUCUCAUGCCAUUGCCUCUGGGUUCUUUCUUUGUUAACUGAGCUGUGUACACACUCCCAUUUACUUUUGCAUCUACUGAGCUCCCACCAUUUGUAUGGGAAGCACUACAUCUCCAACAUUUGCCAUAAUCCACAUCUAUCCUAUCAUUUCUUCUGAAAUACUGCAUUCUGAUGCAUUUCCCCACAAACCAGCUCUGAUAAGUAUUGAGAAAAUGUGUUUUAAGCCACAUGUCCCUAAUGCUAGUUAUGUGGUUUCCAUAGGUCCUUUAACAAGGAAACCUCUUAAAACUCUCUUGUAGGGUGUGAUUAGGUGUGUGACGCGGCAGCUAAAAAAGCCAAUGCAAUUCUGGGCUGCAUCAAUAGGAGUAUAGCAUCUAGAUCAAGGGAAGUAAUAGUGCCACUGUAUUCUGCUCUGGUCAGACCUCACCUGGAGUACUGUGUCCAGUUCUGGGCACCACAGUUCAAGAAGGACACUGACAAACUGGAACGUGUCCAGCGGAGGGCAACCAAAAUGGUCAAAGGCCUGGAAACGAUGCCUUAUGAGGAACGGCUAAGGGAGCUGGGCAUGUUUAGCCUGGAGAAGAGGAGGUUAAGGGGUGAUAUGAUAGCCAUGUUCAAAUAUAUAAAACGCUGUCACAUAGAGGAGGGAGAAAGGUUGUUUUCUGCUGCUCCAGAGAAGCGGACACAGAGCAAUGGAUCCAAACUACAAGAAAGAAGAUUCCACCUAAACAUUAGGAAGAACUUCCUGACAGUAAGAGCUGUUCGACAGUGGAAUUUGCUGCCAAGGAGUGUGGUGGAGUCUCCUUCUUUGGAGGUCUUUAAGCAGAGGCUUGACAACCAUAUGUCAGGAGUGCUCUGAUGGUGUUUCCUGCUUGGCAGGGGGUUGGACUCGAUGGCCCUUGUGGUCUCUUCCAACUCUAUGAUUCUAUGAUUCUAUUGCAGAUAUUAAUAUUGCACUGCCUGAAGCAGUUGGAUGCAUAAAUGCUGACUCCUUUGGGAAUAAAAAUGGUCCAGGCCCAUAAACAUGAUUCAAAGCUUUACUAAUAAGAACUUCAUAACAGGUACAAGAACAAAUCAAUGAUACAUCCAAAUAGUUCCAUAAGACAUAGCAUAGGCUCCACAUCUUCUCUGAAAUAUUAUAUAACUUGAAACAGACCUAGCUUCCAUGUUUUCUCUCUCUCUUCACGUACAGCCUACAUUCUAGCCUGAGGCUGUUUCUCCUGGAGAGGCAUUAUUAGCACAUCUUUCUCUCACUGUGCCUGGGAACAAAAGACAAAGGCAACUCCCUUCAAAAUUUGCAAUUGAAUACCUUAAUCAUGUGACCUAAGGUUGAACACUCAUGUGAAAGAGGAGAGAACAUUGACCCAGCUAGAAACUCAGAAAGCUCUUUUGUAGCUUUAGUAUACCACAAUGGAAUUUUCCAAUGUUAAACCCUUCAGCAUUACACAUGCAGGCAUUAUCCAUGUCAGUGUGCAAUUCAAGAAUUAUACCUAACAAUGAUUGUGUCCUGUGCUAUGGCCUAGGCCAGGCAUGUCUAAAGUCCGGCCCGGGGGUCUAAUCUGGCCUGCCGGUCGGUUUAAUCCGGCCCCUGUGGUCAACAUCGUUGGUUGGCCGUCAUGCAUGUUCACUUCAUCAAAUCUGGCCCUCUUUGAAAAAGGUUUGGACCCCCCUGACCUAGACAUAGUGGGGGAUGUGGUGGUGGUGGGGAUGUAAGAGGGCGUUCCAGAAUUCUCACCAGGCAUGCUUCCACUUCACCUGGGGCGAAUCCAGGUGGAAAGCAAGGUGUCUGGCCUCUAACCUGAAUGGACCUCAUGUGACCUCUGGAUACUAUUGGCUGUUGGUGGAUGCUUAAAUCUGUUGAGGCCUUAUUGAGUGCUCCAGCUUGCCCAUCCUGUGGACACUGACUAUGGCUGUGUGCGCACCAUACAUUUAAACCAAAUGACGCCUCCCCAAAGAAUUCUGGAAAUUGUAGUUAAACUUUUUCUUUCUUCCAUGAUCUUCAAUGUAGCCAUAUCAGACUGCAAAUUAGUAAAAGAAAACUACACAAAAUCCUAAACUCGGAUUGCCCUUGCCACAUCUGGUUUGGUUCUUAAGUACAGUGUUCAUACAAUUGACCAUUGGAAGGAGGAAUUUUAUGACACAUCUGCAUUUGAAGAAAAUGUGUUAACAUUUUCCUCACCAUGUGGCCAUUUGCUACAGACGGUCAACAAUACCUAUAGUCAAAAGCACACCAUGGUAUGUUGCAUGGUAGGCAAAUGAUUGCUUGUAGCCACCAAGAAUUACUUUUCUGCCUCGGCUUAUUGACACAUUGUUUGCAUCAGGUCUUUCAGAAUAUACAGAAGUUUUCUUUCAACCUUAUUCUUAGACUGUAUUUCCCUUCCCUGCUGGGAGGAAGGGAAAUAGCUGUAGGGCUCAGCCCCCUCUCUUCAGCAAGAUUUGUUUUUUAUUUUUUUUACAAACACUCGCUCACAUCUGCCAAGUCCUGGCUUGAAUCAUUCCAUUGUCUUAAAAAUGCAACCACAAAUGGGAGAGAAUCUCCUGCCAGCUUGACUACUUCGGCUUGCCUAAUAGAUGGCUCAUCCUCCCAGGAAGGCAAAACAGCCAAACUCUUAGGUUCCAAACUGUGGGUUGAGUAGGCCUUGCACCCAUCAGGCUAAGAAGAGUUAGAAAAGCAGAGGUCAGUUUUGGAAAAUCACUGCAAACCAAACCAUAAAAGGAUUAAAUCAUGUGUAGGAAUUCCUGAACUGAAUAGGAUUUAUACCAUAUUUUUUUUCUUAAAAAUAUUUCUAACCUGCUCGUCAUCUGUACAUAUACCAGGAUGAGGUACAGCAUAAAAGCAAAACCGCAGACCCCAGAAUGGAAAAAUUGUGUAUGAUAUGGACUGUGAGGGUCCUACCUUGCUGAAACUAAGCAGGCUGGAGUCUGGUCAGUACCUGGAUGGGAGGGACAUACAGUAGGAACAGAGUCAGACCAUUGGUUUGUCUAAUUCAGCAUUGUUUACACUGAUGUGUAGCGGCUCUCCAGAUUUCCAGAUGGGAUAUGUCUGAGCCCUACCUGGCAGUGGCGGAGUGUAUGCCCGUGCUGCCUGGGGCAGAUGUGUGGGGCACGACCCCAAGGGAAGCAGGGCCUGGAGGCUGCCCUCCCACACGCCACAGUUCAGGGUAGGAAAGGGGCAGUGGACCCGGCAACGGAGUUGCUCUGGCUGGGGCACAGCCGAGAAGAGCAGGUGGCAGCUUUGCCGCUCCCUCUCCCCCUGCUCUCCGCUGCUGGGCCAGGCCUCACCUGGCAGCGGAGGUGGAGCUGUUGAGACUGGGUGCACCUUGCCAUGGCUGAGGUGGGAUGCUUUCUGCUGCUGUGUCUUAUGUGACCUGGCCUCGGAGUUACUGCAACCGGCCACAAGGUGCCUUGCAGCCAAGGAGGGUGGGUGGCAGCAUUUCUGCCAACUCUCCUGCUCUCCGCCAUGGUGUCACACUUGACCCGGUGACAGAGCUGCUGCGGCUGGGCACGCCUUGCCACGGCCAAGAAGGGUUGCUCUCCGCCACUGGGUCAGAAGUGGAGCUGUGCCAUGCACAGCCACAGCCACAGCACAGCUCCUUCUGGCACAGAGCCAGGCUCCGAUGAAGGAGCCUGCUGUGGGGGUGCCUGUUUGUGCCCCCUCUCAAAAUUUCACCCGGGACCAAGGCACCCCCCCAUGCUCUGUCUCUGCUACUUAGAGACAUUGGGGAUUGAACCAGGGACAUUUUCCAUGCAAAGCAUAUGUUCUACCAAAGAGGCACAGCCCUAGACUGCCUAGGAACCACAUGCGCACUGCCUUGGGUUCCAUGGUGGAAGAAUGGAAGAAAAUAAACAAACCACAAAAAA